AUGACACCAACAUCUACAUACAGAAUAAAUAGAAGGGGUGGAGGUGAGGGAGGGGAUAGUAGAGGGAUUAGAACAAGCAGUUUAAUACAAUCAUCGAUGCAAAGUACUCCGGAAGCUAAUAAAAGAGAUAAAAUUGUAAGCCGUACAAUGACUGUGCCAGUAACAAUAACAAAUAACAAAAAUGGAUUUCAUCAACAACAAAGAAUUAUGGAAGAACAACAACAAAUUGAAAAAGACCAAAUACUUCCCCACCCCCUUCCCCAUCAACAACCAACAACUUCUUCCUCCUCUCCCCCUCCAUUACCUCCUCCCCACCAUCCCUCACAAACUCCAAUUUUGCCAUUUUUAGAUCCUUGGAGAAAACAAGAAGUACAAACUAGAGAACAAUUUAUUGGAUAA